AUGAGAUUAGACAACCAAAAAUAUUGUCCAAAACUAUUAUCGAAUACAAAGGGCGAAGCGCUUUUCUUACGGGCGUUAUUGCCGAAACCUUCUGGUUUUCUGAAUACGUUUGCUCGCUUUCAAUACUUUCUGAAUUUCCUUGGACACCUGGUGCACUUAGCUAGCACCCGCCACAGGAAUCUAACCGCUGAACAACUUUCUUUACUCUCAUAUUAUUUCGACACUUCGUAUUAA